AUGUCUGCCAAUCUACUCAAUGGCGUCAACGGUGGAACUGCUGUUAAUGGACACGGGACUACCAAUGGGUAUACCAAUGUUCAAAGCAAUGGUCAAGCCGACGGGAAUGCUCCUGCCAAUGGAACACAUACCGGACACGCCAAUGGUUACACAUCCAGCGUGAACUCAUCCGGCUUUCCUUCUACAGAGCCCAUUGCCAUCUGUGGCAUGUCUGUACGCCUCCCAGGCGGCCUACACUCACCCAAAGACUUCUGGGACUUCCUCAUCUCCAAGGGCGAUGCCCGAGGACCUGUCCCGGAGUCCAGAUACAAAUCCUCAUCCUUCUGGUCCGAGACCACCAAGCCCGGCACCGUCAAGACUCAGUAUGGCUACUUUCUUGACGAGAGCAUAGAUAUUGCCAGUGUUGACACCUCGUUCUUCACUAUGCGUAAGGCUGAAGUUGAGCGUGCUGACCCUCAACAACGCCAGAUGCUGGAGGUUGCGCGAGAGUGCCUUGAAGAUGCUGGCAUUGACUGGAAAGGUCGAGCAAUUGGCUGCUAUAUGGGCAGUUUUGGUGAAGACUGGACCGAGAUGUUUGCGAAAGAAACGCAGCAAUAUGGUUUAUACCGUGUCACGGGAUAUGGAGACUUCAUGUUGCCAAACCGUGUGUCUUACGAACUUGACCUGAUGGGUCCCAGUCUUGUUGUGAGAACUGGAUGCUCUGCAGCCCUCGUCGCACUCCACGAAGCAUGCCUCGCUGUAUCUCGUGGCGACUGUGAGGGAGCUCUUGUCGGUGGUGCUAAUCUGAUCAUGGCACCUGGCAUGACUAUGGCAAUGACUGAGCAGGGAGUCCUCGCCCCAGAUGGGUCAUGCAAGACCUUUUCCGCUGAUGCAAACGGCUAUGCUCGAGGAGAAGCAAUCUCUGCUAUUUUCAUCAAACCCCUUUGUGACGCAAUUCGCGAUGGCAACCCUGUUAGAGCCGUCAUUCGCUCCACAGCAUCCAACAGUGACGGAAAGGGUACUGCUGGAGGUAUCCAAGUUCCCAAUGACAUUGCUCAAGAAGCCAUGAUUCGAAAAGCGUAUUCGAUCGCCGGAAUCAAUGAUUACUCUCAGACAGCCUUUGUCGAAUUCCACGGAACUGGAACAUCUAUCGGAGAUCCCAUCGAGACAAGAGCUGUUGGGAGAGUCUUUGGGCCUUCUGGAGGUGUCAUGAUUGGAUCUGUCAAGCCAAACCUCGGCCACUCUGAGGGAGCUUCAGGUCUCACAUCAUUGAUCAAAGCAGUUCUGGCCCUGGAGAACCGCACUAUUCCUCCCAAUAUCAAGUUCGGCGAGCCCAAUCCUGAUAUUCCAUGGGAUGCUUGUGGACUCUCUGUUCCUACAGAGCCUCAGGAAUGGCCUGGAUCCAAACAUGAGCGUGUCAGCGUCAACUCCUUUGGCAUUGGCGGUACCAACGCUCAUGUUAUUCUGGAUUCAGCACGCAGUUUCGACCUAUCCCUUGCUGCGGAGCGAGCUACGACUUCAUCCCAGCUUUUGGUCUUCUCGGCCAACGGACCUGGGUCACUUCGAACGAUGAUUGCCAACUACGAAGACUACGUGAUGAGGAACCCAAAGAGAGUGAAUGAUCUUUCUUAUACACUGGGUCAUAAGCGCGAACACCUCACGCAUCGUGCAUUCGCAGUGGCCAGUCCUCUGGGUGGCCUCACCACAUCCCCUGUCUCCAAGACUGGUCAGAAGCCGAACAUUAUCAUGGUCUUCACUGGCCAAGGAGCUCAAUGGCCCAGAAUGGGGAGAGCUCUGAUCCGAAGCUCUCAGUUUCCCAUCUUCAGGGAGACUAUUCAAUCUCUGGACGCUCACCUUCAGACUCUUGAACGUGCUCCGGAGUGGAACAUCGAGGAAGAGCUCCAGAAGUCUACCAAGACAAGCAGACUCAACUCAGCCGAAUUGUCUCAACCCCUAUGUACAGCGAUACAGGUUGCUCUGCUUGACACUUUCGCUUCAAUUGGCGUUCAUCCUGCUGCUGUGGUAGGUCACUCAAGUGGUGAAGUCGCUGCGGCAUAUGCUGUUGGAGCUAUCACAGCCAACGAAGCCAUCACAGUCGCCUUUUACCGUGGUCUUGUCACCAAGCUCCAGACUAAGUCAGGUGCCAUGGCAGCCAUUGGAAUGGGCUCCGAAGAGAUCCAAGAGUACAUGCAGCCUGGUGUUGUGAUUGCCUGCGAGAAUUCUCCUCACAGCGUUACUAUUGCCGGUGAUACUGAAGCAGUUAAGAACAUGACCACCAAGGUCAUCAAAGAGUCUCAUCCGGAUGUGAUGGCACGGCUACUGCAGGUCGACAUGGCGUACCAUUCUCAUCAUAUGACGGAAAUUGGCACUGAUUAUUAUGCUCUCAUGCAGAACAAGAUCUUUCCCAAGAAGCCUACCAAGCUAUUUUUCAGCAGUGUCAAAGAUGAGCUGCUUACCGAAGCUUCUGCCUUUGGUCCGCGAUACUGGCAGCAAAACAUGGAAUCGAGAGUUCUGUUCAGCUCAGCUGUUUCAUCAAUCAUUCAACAUGAUAUUUCCAAGAAUGCAGUGUUCUUAGAAGUUGGUCCUCAUUCAGCCCUCGCUGGUCCCUUGCGACAGAUCCAGGCCAAAAACUCAACUUCGUUGACCUACAUCUCUGCCCUCGUCCGCCAUGAGAACGACGUCGAAUCUUUCUUGACAUGUGUUGGAAAGCUUUUCACCGUUAACGCUGAAGUCAACUUGACCAAGGUUAUCGCGAAGGGUUCCAUCCUACCAGACCUACCAAGAUACCCUUGGAAUCACUCUGAGAGAUACUGGUAUGAGUCAAGGCUCAGCAAAGAAUGGAGAUACCGCGAGUACAAGUAUCAUGACCUUCUGGGAGUUCGAGUUCCAGAGAGUUUGGACUUUGAAAUUCUCUUCCGCAACCUUUUCCAUCUUGAUAACGCUCCUUGGAUCCGUGAUCACAGGGUUGGCGAUGACAUUGUCUUUCCAUUUGCUGGCUAUGCUGGUAUGAUGGGUGAAGCUGUAAGACAAGUCACCCAUGUCGAUGAAGCUUUCAAGCUCCGCAACGUUAUUGUCAGCACUGCACUUGUAUUGAACGAAGGCAAGCCCGUUGAGAUCAUGACUACACUUCAUCGCAAGCGUUUGACCAACAAUCUCGACAGUGAGUGGUGGGAGGUUACCAUUGCAUCUUACAACGGAGCUGUGUGGACGAAGCAUUGCUCAGGAGAGGCUAGGUCAUUCGGUGAAAGCCUUGGGGAUGCAGAAACCAAGGCACCAUUCCUUCGCAAGGUCGGGACUCGUCGAUGCUAUGAGUCAAUGGCCAGGUCAGGCCUGAACUUUGGACCCGAGUUCCAGCGCCUUGAUCAGAUCAAAGCCGAUACACAGGAGCAGAGAGCAGAUGCCAAGGUCGCUGCCAAGGAUGGAGACAACGUUGACUACCAUCUUCAUCCCACUAUCAUUGACGCAACUCUUCAGCUUCUUAGUGUCGCUGCAUCUCAAGGUUUUGCUGAACCGUCUGACAAGACCAUGGUUCCGACUCACAUAGAUGAGAUGUGCAUCUAUCGCUCUGCAAUCGCUGGCGAUGUUGAUAUCCAAGCAAGCGCAUCCUACACUGCCAGUCGCUCUAUCACCGGUAGUGGACAGGCUGUCGAUGCCCAAGGCCAGCUUAUCUUCCGAAGCUCUGGUAUCAAGUUGUCCAUUGUCGAAGGACAAAGUGGCGAUAGCCCUGUUGAGCCUACUGCUCAUACUGAAUGGGCCCCCCACAUUGAUUUCUUGGACACCAAAACACUCAUCAAGACUAAAGUUGAUCGCAGUGAGCAUAUGCCUGACUUGACUGAGUUGUCUCAUUUGUGUAUGGUUCACAGCAAGCGCGUCAUUGCCAAUUUGGAUACAAAUAUUGAGUACAUGCAUAAAUACCGUUCAUGGAUCAAUCGUCAGAUUCAAUCUCAAAAUCUUGGUUAUCUUGAGUCUCUGAGUGAUGACGAGAUAAGGCAAAGAGUCAAGGGCCUCACUGACAAAUUGAUGCAAACCUCGGCUAUCGACGCUGCAGUGGCCAUCACCAAGAUCUUCAGUUAUGUCGCCAGCAUUUUCACGGGCGACGUGGACGCACUUGAGCUGCUGCUCGCAAAUGACACGCUCAACAACCUGUACGUCUUCAUGGACCAAUGUGACGAGUCGCAGUUUUUGCAGUACUUAGCACAUAGCAAGCCUAAUCUCCGCGUUCUCGAGAUUGGUGCCGGCACCGGUGGCUCUACUGCCCAGCUGUUGGAGCAUUUAGCUCCAUCUGGUAAGGUGCAGUAUUCCAACUAUACCUUUACCGACAUCUCAUCGGGUUUCUUUGUUGAAGCCAAAGAGCGUUUUAAGGGGUUUCCAAACAUGGAGUUCGCGACCCUAGACAUCAGCAAAGACUUAGCUGAGCAAGGCUUUGAUGGGUGCAAAUACGACCUCAUCUUGGCUACCAACGUCAUCCAUGCGACCAAGUCUCUUAACGAAAGUUUGAAGAACGUCCAUCAGCUCUUGGGUCCCAACGGCAGGUUUCUUCUCCACGAGUUGACUCCAACAUCUAAAUGGGUCAACUACGUCUGGGGUACCCUUGCAGGAUGGUGGUAUGGUGAGCAAGAUGGUCGACCUGAUGAACCAUACAUCAGCAUUCAACGCUGGGAGCAAGAGCUUCAGACUGCUGGGUUCCGAGUUCCAGAUGCGGCUGUGCUUGACUCCGCUCAGCCACAUCAGCUGAAUGCCAUGAUCGUUGCAAGGCCAGCCACUGAUAACAGCCGUGACAAGCGAGUCACCCUUCUCACACUUUCUCAUUAUGAGACCAAGAGUGAAACAGCCCUUCGCCAGACUCUCGAAGGAAGGGGCUAUGUCGUCCAACGAUCCGUCUUUUCCGACUUAUGUGUUCCCAAUGGGCAAGACAUCAUCACAGUCCUUGAUGACGAGCAGCCAUUCUUUGAGAAUCUCGAAGAGCGUAGAUUCGAAUCAUUCAAGACUUUGGCUGGUAACUUGAAGGAUGCAGGGAUUCUCUGGAUCACACACUUGUCACAGCUUCAUUGUUCAGACCCUCGAUUUGGGCAGGUCCUCGGCAUUUCCAGAACUCUCCGAUCUGAGAUGCUUUUGGACUUUGCUACUUGCGAAGUCGACAACAUACAAUCGUCGUCAGACAGGAUAGUUGAUGUGUUUGAGAGAUUCCAGCUUCGCCAGGAAGAUGACACCUUGAAGCCUGACUAUGAGUAUUCUGUUAUUGAAAACACGGUUUACGUGGGGCGCAUGCAUCCAUUCUCGGCCCAGGCCAACCUUUUGGUCCCCAGCGAGGAUGACCCUGUUGCUCUUCGAACAAGCAAGCCUGGCAGACUGGAUGCUCUGCACUGGGCUGGUUAUCAAGCCCCGGGUCUCAAGGACGACGAUGUCGAAAUCAAAGUCCAGGCCGCAGGCUUGAACUUUAAGGACGUGCUCUGCGCCAUGGGUAUUGUUGAAGGUUCUAACGGCUUUGGCCUUGAAGGUGCUGGUAUUGUAGGUCGGGUUGGCCCCAAGGUCACCGGCCUCAAGAAGGGAGACCGAAUUAUGUUCAUUUCGCAUUCUGCAUUCUCUACACAGGUUGUUGUGUCUGAGAAUCUUUGUGAGAAGAUCCCUGAUGACCUCAGCUUUGAGGAUGCGGCAACGAUGCCUUGCUCCAUCCUCGUUCACAGCGCAUGUGGUGGUGUCGGCAUUUCUACCAUCCAGCUGGCUCGGAUGGCUGGCGCAACCAUAUACGCAACAGUCAGCAACGAAGAGAAGAUUCAAUAUCUCGAAGAGAACUUUAGCCUUGACCGAAGCUGCAUUUUCAACUCCCGCAAUGACUCUUUUGUCGAAGAGAUCAUGCUGAAGACGGGUGGCAAGGGCGUUGACUUGGCGCUCAAUUCGCUAUCGGGCGAGCUUCUUCAUGCAACUUGGAAGUGUAUCGCACCAUUUGGGAAGAUGGUUGAGAUUGGCAAGAGAGAUUUAAUUGGCGCUGGAAAGCUCGAUAUGAGUAUCUUUGAAGAUAAUCGCAGUUACUCUUGUGUCGACCUGGAUCAGCUCUGUUUCCAGCGGGGAGAAAUUGCGAAAGAGCUACUCAAGAGCGUUAUUGACUUGUACGAGAAGCGCUUCAUUCACCCGAUUCGACCUAUCAAGGUAUACAACUCUCGAGAGAUCCUUGAUAGCUUCAGGUACAUGCAACAAGGUGUUCAUCUCGGCAAGAUUGUCGUGUCAAUGGAUGCUGCCUCGAGCGACAACUUGAAGAUUCAACCUCGAAAAGAACCGGUUCGCUUCGGUAGCUCAGGCUCUUACCUUCUCGUUGGUGGCCUCGGUGGCUUGGGUCGAUCAAUCUCGACUUGGAUGGUCCAGCGGGGAGCUCGCCAUCUCAUCUACCUUUCUCGUAGUGCGGGUACACAGCAGAAGCAUCUCGAUCUGGCUCAAGAACUGGAAAGCUACGGAUGCCGUGUUGACUUUGUCCAAGGAAGCAUCAACAGUCUCGAGGAUGUGACUGUCGCAGUAUCUCGGGCUAACGGCCAUCUCAAGGGCAUACUUCAGAUGUCCAUGGUUCUUUGUGACCAAAGCUUUGACAAGAUGACGAUAAAGGAGUGGAAUACAGUUGUCAAUCCUAAGGUUAAGGGGACAUGGAACUUGCACAACGCGUCUCUUUCAGUCAAUGCUGAGCUUGAUUUCUUUAUCCUCUUCAGUUCUCUUUCUGGUGUUAUUGGACAGCCAGGUCAGGCCAACUACGCUGGAGCGAACACCUUCCUCGACUCCUUCUCUCAGUAUCGUGCCAACCUGGGCCUACCAGCCUGCGCCAUCCAGAUUGGUGCUGUCGAAGAGGUUGGCUACAUGGCCGAACACCAGGGUAUCAUGCAGAAGCUGAAGGCUUCAGGCGGUUCAGAUGGAACUGUCUCGGAGGGGGAACUUCUCGACGCCCUAGGUGCAGCUAUGACCAACAAGGCGAGCAGCUUCUGCCUUGGACUGCGUCACAAUGUUUCUUUGAGCGACCCAUCGAACCGGUCUUUGUGGAAGAAGGAUAUCCGCAUGGCAGUGUUCCAUAAUAAGAACAACGUCACGGGUGCAGCUAAUACAGCUACGAAUGACGAGCUCAAGUCUUUCAUCACCAAGGCCAAGAAAGACUCGUCUGUACUGCACCAGGCAGACACAGCACACUUCCUGGCUAUAGAGAUUGGUAAGAAGGUUUUCAGCUUCUUGCUUAAGCCUGUGGAGGACCUUGAAACUUCUUGUUCCCUGUCUGAUCUGGGAAUGGAUUCAUUGGUAGCGAUUGAAGUCCGACAGUGGUGGAAGACUGUUUUCCAGUUUGACAUUAGUGUCCUUGAGAUGAUGGGAAUGGGGACGCUGGACGUCCUUGGAGAGCAUGCUGUGAAGGGUAUGUUGCGAGUUUUUCAUAGUGAUAUUCAGUCUAGCUAG